GUUGGUCAAUUGGUAAGAAGAAGGGACAUAAUAGAAUGGACAUAAUAAUAUAUGUACACAGAUAACUGUUAAACAGUUGUUAUCGCUGGUAUUUUUGAUGGUGGCGUCAUAUGUGCACUCAUAUUUACAUAUAUACGUUCCAGCAGUUACUCAAAACAAGUAACAGGUAUAACGCAUGGAAUAACACAGCUGUAGAUGAUGGAUCCGCAGAAGAUCGCUGAGAUGGCCAGCCUUCUUCGUCAGAACGGCGACAAAAUAUUGAGCUCCGAGUUUACCUUAACGUUAUCAGAGUGUUCUCUUAUCGCAGCUUUCCUCGCAUUUUUUGGCAUAGGUUCUGCCUUGCGGGCGCUGAACGAUUCCCUCACUCUCAUCGCAGAUAUUGAGAUUGGUUCCAGCGGCGUUUAUCAGCAGCACCAGUCCUUUAAAGUAGUCAAACCCAUUAACGCGAAAUCCAGCGUUUUUUCCGAUCUGCAGUUAGUUCACGAUUUUGUGCAGAAGACGACGUUGCUAAGGCUAACCUACUUCCCCUGCGAGCUUUACUUUGAGGCGGCCAUCGACAUCGCAAAGUUUCGAGCACUGCGUCGGCUUGAGGUGAACAAAAUCAACAUCUGUCAGGUAGUGGGAAUCCAACCGCUGCGGGGCCAGCUGCAACACCUGAUCUGCGUGAGGAGCUUGACCUGCUUAGAUGACAUAAUUAUACGAUGUGGCGGUGACAACUCCAACGGUUUUGUGUGGAACGAACUACAGUCAGCCGAUUUUAGCUACAACAACCUGCGCAGCGUAGACUCAGCCCUAGAGUUUGCCCAGAACCUGCAACACUUAAACCUUCAGCAUAACAAGCUCAACAGUGUGGCCGCCGUCAAAUGGCUUCCGCAUCUAAAGACUUUGAACCUGAGCUACAACUGCCUUAAACACAUUCCUCAGAUCCACAUGGAGGCUUGUAAGCGGCUACAGUUGCUAAAUAUUAGCAACAACUAUAUAGAGGAGCUACAGGACGUGGCAAAGCUGGACGCCCUAAGAAACCUGGAUCUGUCCCAUAACUGUCUGCUGGAGCACUCGCAGCUGCUACCUCUAAGUGCCCUGUUUGCCCUUAACGUACUGAACGUUCAGGGCAAUCCGCUGGCUUGCCAUCCCGUACAUCGACUGGCGACAGCAAAGUAUCUGGCCAAGAACUCGGCGUCGGUAAAAUUUGUUUUGGACUUUGAGCCACUGUCUAAGGCGGAGAAGGCGCUGACGGGCAGCCAGAGAUGUCGCUACAUAGAAUCGCUGAUCAACCGACAUCCCAGAAGUAGCUCCAUAUCCAUAAACAGCUCCAGCUCCUCUAUUAACAACAGGGAUGGCUAUCAGUUUUCCUGCGUCGGCUCUCAGCAUUCGGUAAUAGUCAAGGGUCAUGAAUACCCAGUGAUGGCAGAACAGUCGAUGUCAACACCAACCUCACAAUUUACCAAAAAGUCAGUAUCGACAAAGAUAAGGACAGUGGAAAUAGAGGAGAAUACUGAAAUUACGGCAGAAUCGUCCACUGUUUCCUCUCAAAGGCUGCACUCCGAAGGUGGUGCCGAUUCCUCCCAUUUGGAGACUAAAAAGCAAAUUGAGACACUUCGACUCACUUAUGGCAAUGAAUGGUUAAGGGCCGGCAAUGCAGAGUUGAUGCUGGGAAUCAAAUCGCCGCAACCUACUGAACUGGAGCGCGACGAGGCUCGUAAACUGUUUAAUGAGUUCUUAGGGGAGUUUUCAGUUUCAUCAAGCGAAAUAGUUAAUUCUCAAGCUGAUCCUGAACAUAUCAAAAGUAGCUGGUCUCCAGCAAAUAACUCUUGGUUGAAUACAACCUUUAACACCACGCUGACCCCUAUCAAGUCGGAUGCUAACGAUACAAGUGAGCUAACUUUUUAUGAGACCUGCACUGAGGGAGAAAUGACAAAUUACGAAAGCCUCGGCAGCACCACAAAUAAAUGGGCGUCUGAGAAGGCAUUGCCUGAUAAGCACAAAGAGCUUUUGAGGCUCUUUGCAAAUGCCUCAUCUGCAGGUCAGGAUGAGAAUCCAGUAUCUGAUGCCGAAUCUGACGAGGAAACCUUUAUAGUCUAUCAUGAGCAAAAGCCUAGCGAAGCUCUUUUUUUCACCAUAUCUUCAAAUUUUAUACGUGAAAAAGAUACGCUAACCGAAAGAACCAAAACCAAAUGGAGUCUAAAAAUAUUGGAGUCAUGCGAGCGGGUAAAGUCCAAUACUUUAAGAAUAAUAUUCAACACGAUGAGAAAGGAUAAACAGGAACGAAUAUACUGCGUUGACAGUACAUUGUGUAAGCAGGAACUGGAAAAGAAACUACGAGACAUCCUUUCUCAGCGUCAUCUCAUCGAAAUGAAUAUUUCUAUCUAUCGCUGUAUGAGUUGUGUAACUCAAUUUACAAUAGAGCAGAAGAGCAAGCGAUAUUUAAAAAAAGACUUGCGAUGUCCAGACUGUCGCAGUGUUUAUGUGGCCGAAGUAACUGAGUUGUGCCCCUCCUUAAUCAAACUUUCGGAGGAAGUGCUUGCUGAGCCCAAACAUUUCCCAGCUGUGAUUGGGGAGGAAAACCUUGGUAAGACGAUUACUGGGUCAGCAAAUAAUGAAGAAAGCAACAGUAUUGGUUCCGCCAGUUCACUAAACGAAAGCAGUUCUUGUUCGAAAAUUACUAACUCGCAGAGCUCUUUCGACUCAAAUCAGUCCGUUGUGGGUAGUUCUAACACGAAUCGUGAUCUAGAGUUUCGGGCAAACGAAAGUGAUGUGGACAUCAUCUCCAAUCCGAGCCAGUCAAGCAUAGAGGUGCUAGAUCCCAAAUACGGACAGAACUCCAGUCGCAAAACCUCAGAAGAGCGCCAACUAUCACAUCUGGAAACGUUAAGGGAACGAAAGUUUUGUUUAACUCAGACGGAACAGGAUCGGAUUGCGGCUCCCGCAUCAUCGUGUGAGUCUCAAGUUCCGCUAACAGAAAGCAGCUCGUCAGGAUCUAUUACCGACAGCAUAUGUACAACUUACGAGCAGCUGGGCAUUGCUGCGCCGACAAAUCUUUCAAACUUGCUGCUUACUGAAUCUGUAAAUAGUCAAAUAAGUAGUUCAUAUACGAACUCAAAUAGCCGUUUAAAAAAAGCUGAGAAAGUUAGCCCUUUACCGUUUGCUGCCGUAUUUCAUUCAACUAAUCUGAUCAUGUCCAGCUCAAAGAAGAUGGUAGACUCGGAAGCUAAUGUUUUGGGUAGUCAACCCUACAAAUUUAACUAUAUUGACUUUAAUGACAUCGAUCACCGUCUUAAGCUCUUCUUUUACCAGCACAAGUUUAAAGAGGAUGGUGAACAUUUUAAGUGGUUGGCAAAGGGACGCUUCUUUAACGAGCAGACCCAAGCCCUGGGAGAAGGAAUCUUCGUGAUGUCCAACUGCAAUUGCUUCCUAAUGGAAUCGUUUGCAAUACCCCAAGAGGAUGUGGCCAAGUGGCUUCGGCAAGUCGUAAGGGUGUCGGUUGAUAGAUUACAGGCGGUUGAACUGCUGCCAUGGAAGCUUGGAUUUUCCUUUACUUUAAAGGAUUGGGGUGGAUUUAUCUUGCUGUUGCACGACACGCUUACGACUGACAGCUUACUUCUUUUCUUGCGACAUAAUCCUCUACCAGAGAAGUGCAAACUUAAUUACAAACCAUCCACCACCGCCCUCAGCAACUCGUUGAAGACUUUUGCAUCCGAACUAGUUAAAAUGUGCUCCAUGCUUUCUAGCUGCCAAUGGAUUCGUGAACAAGAGAAGAACUGCUUUGAACCCUGUCUGCUUAUAAUCACAGAGUCACAUGUGUUUAUAUCGGUCAAUUUAAAACUCUCAUGGCUUUCAAACAAAACUCAGGAUAAAUCAAUGCACCCGGAACUAACCCUGAGACAGCCCAUAAGCAACUUAGUAGAGGUGGAACGCAUUACAGAUCAAAAAUAUGUGAUGAACUUUAAUGACGAGACCCAAAACAAGUGCGAGAUAUGGCAGUUGGUUUUUGAAACGCAUAACAAUUCAACAUAUUGUAUGAAUGUCAUCGGUACGAGAUGGGAGCGUCUUUUCGGCGUUCCAUUCAGUGUCUCUGAAACGUAGCACAAAUCUUCGCCAAAGGACCAACUAAAACGUUUAAGUUUUAAUUUACUGUGCAAAGCUGAGGAUUUUCGAUAGAUUUUUUACCUUCGUAGAUGAGUCGCAGGCUAAGCCUUAUAGUUGUUGAAAAAUGGAGCUUACUUAUGUAAAUUUAAAAGCUAAAAGAAUUUUUAAAAAAAUUAUAAAGCACGGUCCUUUUAGAUUCACAGAAGAAGCUUUACAAACUACGCUACUUUGAGCUGAUUUAACUCGUGAAACACGGAUCUAUAUUAUAUCAGAACGAAAAACUUGACAAAUUAAAGAAAAACAUUUUAAUGUGUUUUGCCACUUUUAACAUAA